AUGGCUACCUUCGCACCUCCUGUGCGCCAUGGCGACUUCCUUUAUAGCUCCGUCCUCUACGCCGACCCGGGCAACGGAAACCAUCACACGCGCGCCGGCACCGCUGAGCUCGCCGCCUUGCUUCGCCCGGAAGCCCCAAACUUGUACUCCAACUUCAGCAAGCCUCCGCCAGCGAUGCCGGCCAAGGACCCGGUAUGGCACUGGUAUGCGGCGCAACUCAUCCACUAUGGACUUCCCGUGACGAAGGACAAGAAUGUGGCGAAGGUGCGGUUGCUGAACGCGCUGAAUCAGUUCAAGCUGGAGGUGCCGGCUUGGAUCUCGAAGGUUGAGAGCGAGUUGAAAAGGGAGUGGGAGGGAGAGAAUAAGAAGAUGAAGAAGUCCGCUUCUAGUGGAGUGCCAAAUGCAAAAGCCGCAAAGGCUACACAGGUUGCCGGAAGUGGGACGCAGAUGCUGCCUUUGAGCCAGGGGAUCAAUGUGCAUGUCAACGUGUCGAUGAGUGCCGGUAUGCCCAUGAUCCAUCAGUCAGAUCUUGCGCAAGGUAGCAGCAUUGGCCAGAAGGGACAGCGGAAGCGUGGCAACGAUGAUCCAGUAGGCAAUGGACCUACGCCAAAAAAGAGACCAUCAGCUAAGAAGGUGGCAAAUGUUGCUCGAGCAACGCCUAUCCCUGAUCUCCGAUCAGCUAUGUCGCCCACCCCUUCGCAGGGCAUGUACACGGCAGUGCAGACAGGCACGAAAUCGAGCGCAAAAACACCUCGUAUCAAGCAGGAACCCACUGCAGCAAGGUCUUCUCCCAUGGCAUCUCGAAUCAAGCGGGAGAGUGAACCAGCACGUGUUGCCGUUCCCAAACCCAGGACUAAGCAGACAGCGAGCAAGAGGGCCGCGUCUUCCUAUGGGACAGAAGCAGAACCAACCAGCUCCCCGUACUUCUCGUCUUUGAUCAAGCAGGAGAGCGAUUUGGCAGAUGUGUCGGCUCCCAGACCUAGAACGAAGCAAACAGCGAGGAAGUCGGCAGGUGGUCGUGCACCGACUUCCAGCUGGCUGACCGAGCGAGGACCAGGUGACACCAUCGUCGUGAGUGGUACCUACGAGCUUUUAGCCAACAACGAGCGAGCUUACAUGGUCAUUCGCCGCGACGCCGCCCGCGAUAUCUGGUGGUCAACCAUCAGUACUGGCGCUCUUAGCUUCACGAUCAAGAUGGAUCCAGGGCCGACUCCCACGACGUUGUACCAGCCUUUCACGGUUGGAUGGCGCAUGCGCAACAACGACACCGGCGAGCUGAGGUUCGGAUCGGGCUGUACAGGCGAAUUUAGGUUCAUCGAGGGUGCUUCUGGCGACUUGACGGGAGUGCUGAGGAAGGUGCCGGGUUUUGGCGAUGUGGAAUUUUACGGUGGUAGAAUGGCAGGCUUACCCCAGGUUGGUGAUCUGCAGACGGAAUGGGAUGCUUUUAGGAGGGAUGCGUAUGGGCGUUGA